UGUCCUCGUCAAACCGUCGAUGAUGUCCCGUUGCCGUUCAGCCCUGCAGGGCUGACCGGCUGAGUCGUUCCCUUCGUCCAAGGAACCAACAGGAUAGCUAUAUAAUCCCUUCAAAAGACCUUUACAGUGUCAAUUCAUAGUCGGAAAACUAAACCAGCCUCCUCCACAUUCAUUCUUGAAGCAAGACCAUCUCCAGUCAAACCCCUUCCUCUCACAAGAAAGGAUCACGGCAUCAUGGAGCAAACCACAGAGAAGCUAUCGCACGAAAGAAACGCAAUGAGUAGCACUCUUCUGGUUGACUUCUCCUGGAAGAACUUCAAAGCUCGCGUCACCGAGAAAGACGAUCCGGAGUCGAAGGACCUCUACAUUAUCGACUUCAAAGCCCUCAAGCCGAAUCUAGUCUUCCAGCACGCAAGCGACGGAUCGACAUUCGGCACCAGCUCCUUCCACACCUUCGCCAUCGAUGCCGACUGCGAGUUCUAUGGCCAACCCAUCAAGCUCAAAGCUCAGAAGCGCUUCAAAACUGCGUACGCUCACAAGUCCCGCACCUACUCCGGCACCGACGAGCCCAUGACUCUGCACUGGACCAGCGACUACGACUUCAAGGUAUGGGAUUUCAUCUGCGUCGACGCCGACCAGAAUCCCAUCGCGAAAUAUUCGGCGAAUUGCUGGGCUAUGAAGAAAAUCGGUUCCAUCGAGUUCAUCGGCCCGAAGGCAAACACCGAUGCCGUGCGGGAGGAGUUGUUGAUGAUGGGGUUGUCGUUAUACUACCUCAUGGUGCUGAGGACGAAUAGCAUUUUCUCACUCUUUGGCGCCGUCUUCUCGCAACCGGGCCGCGAAAGCAAAGCGGAGCGACAGGCUCUCGAAAAGGAAGAGGAGGAGCGGAAGAUGAAGAAACUUUCAGUAGAAGGACCAGAGCUAGCGGGACAGGUGCAGACUACAUGAUUGCGAGACGGGUUGUAAGCCUCAUUCUGUUGAUCAUUCAAGAUCACGCUUAGCCUAUUUUCCUCCCUCUUACUAGCUGAUUUCAACCUAUCGCCGUCUAACACGGUUUACCACUCUUUUCAUCACGUGUUUUCAUCUCUAGAUCCGAUAUAUCUAGAUAGACGGUCUUUACCACAGAUACUACAGAAUCAGAUCACUUUUACCAUCCAAAAUACAGUCCUUUGGAUCCUGUAUUUCUCCUCGUUUUCUUAUAAUAUAUGAAAAAAACGUUUCUUACCUAAGAAACUCUGAAACCUUGCAAUAAACAUUUAUGUCGCAGGCCAAGGCAUGAGCUCUAGGAGUCCAAGGCUACAAACUGCAUUAAUAAUCUUGCCGUGACUCUCAUAUAUCUGUAUGGCCGGG